UGAGUCAUUUUAAGUCGAUAAAUAACAACAGUUUAUCAGAAGUCUUAUUUAUUUUGGUUAGUCUUUCAAUUUUGAUGACGAGCCACCUAAACCAUCGCCGAUUCCAAGCGAAAACAGUCUUCUUUUUGAAAUAGUAGAAGAGAAAAGAGUGGAAAUCAGAUCCCGUUAGUUGUCUUUGUGCGUGGAUGACACAUAAGGUUACUAGGAAGUAGAGUGACAUCUAAACAAAGCAAAAUGGCAAAGGUUGUAUCACAAGAAACAUUUGACAGUGUUGUUCUGGAAAAUGUUACUGAAUUUGAUAUGGAUAUUGAAGAUGCUAUAAAAGAUGCUAUAAAGGAAUUUGAAUCUCAGGGUGUGCAUCUAGGUACCAUUGUAAAGAAUAUGCAUCUAAGUGAGGAUAAGCAGAAGAUUAUGCAUGACAUUCUUGUUGCAUUGGAAAAGAUCAAGUGUGCUGCAGAUGGCUCUCCUUCUGAAAGUGAUAUAUCAGAGCCUCUUGCAACAUUUAAUACCGAGUGCAAGGUGUCCGUUGCCCAUCGCGUCUUAGCCAAUAAAAACAAUGCUUAUGAAGUUCUUAUCAAAUUGAUAAAGAAAGUCCAGGGUGACCCCACUCUCCUAGCCCCAUCUGUAAAAGCAAUGGCUGCUCUAAUGGAACAGAACUCUGAUAUACUGACCUUGGAGGGAAUCGAGUUAUUACUGGAUCUACUUAAGGACUGGACGACUCGAAGUGAAGAGUCACGAGUACCUGAAUAUUUGGCUCGUUGGUCAACCGAAUGCUGCUUGAAGCACGAACAGAAUCGCCAGAAUAUGGUAACAGCGGGUGCUCUUGGCAUUCUGGUAGCUUUCUUGCAGGGACAGAAAUCAAACUCCAAAGCUAUCAGAACAACCAGCAAAGCCAUUCGUGCUUUUACACUCGAUGAUGAUAUGAGGCAGGAGUACGGAAAGGCUCACGAGCAUGCGAGGCUCUUGGUAGAGGAGCACGGACUCAUUCCUAUUUGUUUAGAGAUGAUCAAAAAUUGGCUGCAAGAGAGUGACACUGCAAGUGAGCUGCUCUCUACUGUCAGUAAGCUUUGUGUCAGAGCUGAAUACUGUCAAGAAGCUGUUGAUCAUGGAGCUCUUAUCGUCAUCAAUGAUAUUCUAGUUUCAUUCCCAGAUCAUGCAGCUCUUAAUAAGCAGUCAAUAACGUUCCUGAAAACCCUUGUCGGGAAUGACAAAGUGAAAGCAGAGGCAAUGAAGACGGGUUCUCCUCAGUUAAUUAUUGCGGCACUUGCCAAACACCAGGCUGUACCUGGAGUGUGUGAGGCAGCGUGUGGUGCAAUAUCUUUCCUAGCCUUGAGAGUUCCAGCUCAUGCAAAGCAGCUCAUGCAACUAGGGGCUGGUCAGGCCAUUGUCCAGGCUAUGAAAGUACAUUCUAAGCAGAAACAACUCCAGAAACUAGGCUGCAUGGCAAUCAGGAACCUCGUCUCACGUGUGCCCGAAAACCAGCAGAUGUUCAUCGAGUAUCAUGUUGAGGAUGUGAUUCAUGCCGCCCUUGAGAACCAUGGAGAAGCCGUGAAGGAUGUGGCUCAAGCUGCCCUUAGGGACUUGGAUCUGAAGGUCAAUCUGGUGGAGCAGUGGAGAGGAACUGGCCACGAAAUCAGUCGCUGAAGUCAGUGAUAACCAGCGCUGAGAUCUCUUAUAGAGAACACCCUCAUGUUUGUGAUCUUUUAUUGCAUUAACAGCGUUUAUCUUGCAUUAUGGCAAAGACCUGCCUUCUUGCAUUUGAGUUUAGAUUACUGCUGAGAUAUGGGUUAAUGUUAUCUGUUUCUGUCUUUUGUUCUUAAUAUUACAAUAGGAAGUUAUAUGAGCAAAAUAUAUUGGUCUGAUGGAGUUUACUACUGUAAGCUGUGCAGUAAAUUUGCUUUAUAUCUGUAAAAGAAGAAACUUUUAGUUUACAUGUACAAUGGUACAUGCUUGCAAAGUAUGGACCUUAAUUCAUUGCUUUGCACUGCACUUUCAUAAUUGGCAGAUGAAUGAACAUGCUUUGCACAUUCUUAGCAAAGUAAACAUCCUUUUCAGGCUGGAUAAUUUCUCUUAAUGUUCUAAUUAAGGAGAUCCAUAGCACAAGCUUUAAUGCACAUAUUUUACAUGGUUUUGAGGUACCUACUCAUUAUGUUAAGUAAUUUGAAUUAUAUUCUUUCAUUGGUCACAGUUUCAACAUUUGCUUUUUACAUUUUCAAUGGGUCACAGUCACAUGUGAAUAUUGUAUUAGAACUUUUUCAGUAGAGUAACACACUAAUCUGGCUUUCAUGCAUUAAACAGAAGGUUGGUGCUUUAUAUGUGGUGAAGUGUUGAAGCUUUUUACUGGAAUUACUACAGUUUUUCACCAGGUGAGUAAAAAAACAAAACAAAUGAUAAUCUGGAGAGGAUUUCAUAAUAGAUUUUAAUAACUAUAUACUAAAUUAGGAAUAGAUAUUCAUGUAUUCUAUACUGAGUUCCUUCCUCCAUGACAAAAAUAAAUAUAUAUCCUGGAGCCUUAGUAAAUGUGAUAAUUGUCUAAAUGUAUUUUGUGAUUCCACACCAAAAACCUUUUUUUUUAUAUAUAUAUAAAAUUUAUGUUCCUCUAGAAAUCCCAGCUGGAGUAAAUUUUGCAGACAUAGGGAUGAAUAGUUAACUAAUUGGCUUUUAUGCUAUCAGACAGCUAUAAAAAUAUGUUCCAAGAGAGCUGUUAAAGGGAAUUACUUUGCAAUACAUAUUAGGUCUUGUCUAUGCAGUUACCAAAUCAUAAACCAAGUCAGAGAUGAUGUCAUAAGCAUUUGGACCUUGCUGGCACUGCCUUUUGUGUAGAUGGGCCUUAGAGAUGUUAGGCUGUAAGGAUUACAACCACGGUCAUGUCUUGUUCAAGCUACUAUUAACUUAAUAGUUGCAUCUAAGUAAACAUGGAAACGGUCUAUUUAAGGUUAUUGAUGUUAGAAGGUGCUACUUAUACUAUGGGUAUGUGAAAUAAGGUCCUUGAAGGGAGCACUUGAUCUUUAUUGUAAAUGCAGAGGUUUUGUUUGUGUUUUUUAAUCAUGCAUUUGUAACUCAUUUAUCAAUAAAUUUGCUUGAAAGUAAAUCUCAAAAUCAGGUAUGAGGCAAUGUAAAUUAUUUUGAUUCUCUAUUUAGUCAGUAUCAUUUUUUUAUUUGCAACAGAUGAAAUUAGUCAAUGCUACCAAAUAUCGAUGGGAUAAAUUUCAUUGGAUUAUAACACCUAUUUUACCCAUAAUGCUUCCUGAAGGCAGUAUAAAAAUAUCAUAGACUAAGAUUGUUGACUGGAUAUUACCAUGUUUCAAAUGGAAAAA